GAAUUCGAUAGCGUACCUUAGCUUUAUCAGCAAAAUGUGUUCAAGCAUCAUUUGCGUGUAAUCCAUUGCUGAGUAAUCGGGUCCGAUAAUGUACACCACGCUGGAAAUACUUGGUUUAGUGUGUAUAACCAUCGUUGGUUUUCAAAUAGUUCGAUUUUUCUUAAAAACAUUCUACAAACAUUAUCUUGCGAUUAAAUUAAGAAUCAACGCGGUCAAAUUUGAAAAUAUUGGAAAAUGGGCAGUCAUUACCGGAGCUACAGACGGCCUUGGAAAAGCUUACGCGGAAUGUUUGGCAAAGAAAGGGAUGAGUAUUUUCCUCAUCAGCAGAACACAAUCAAAACUGGAUACAGUUUCCGAAGAAAUCGCCACAAAAUAUAAAGUCGAAACACGAUCUUUGGCAGUUGAUUUUACGCGAACCGAAGGAAUUUACAACAUCAUCGAUAAAAAUCUUUCAUCCUUAGAUAUAGGUGUUUUAAUCAAUAACGUUGGAAUCAGCUAUUCUUACCCCGAGUAUUUUUUGAACGUUGAAAAUAAAGACCAAUUCUUUCAAGAUAUGAUUAAUUGUAAUAUUACAUCUGUAAUAAAUAUGACCAAAAUUGUUCUACCUAUGAUGGUUGAACGAAAACGAGGAAUUAUUAUAAAUCUAUCUUCUCUAUCAGCUACAAUACCCAAUCCUUUAAUGACUGUUUACGCAGCUUCUAAAGCAUUCGUAAAAAAAUUUUCAGAAGAUUUAGAGAUGGAAUAUGCAAAAAGUGGAAUUCAAGUACAAUGCGUCUUACCGGGAUAUGUUGCCACAAACAUGUCAAAAAUACGUAAAGCAACCUGGAUGGCUCCCUCACCAAAAACCUACGUUAAUAAAGCCAUCAAAACCGUUGGUAUUCAAAAAAGCACCAAUGGAUACUUCCCUCACGUUCUUAUGGGUGGAUUUAUUAAUACCAUUUAUGGAAUCUGCCCACAUCUUGGACGGUGGAUGGUAAUGAGUACCUUGGAAAAUAUUAAGAAGAGAGCUUUAAAACGUAAAACUAACGAAUAAAUUUUAUAGAAUUUGUGAUAUGUUUUUAGUAAGGUUUUGGUUAUGUAAAAAUUUGUUUUUAAUAAAAUUAAUAAUAUUGAU